UCUUUCAUUGGAAAAUAUCUUUACAAACCAAUCAAAAUCAAGUAGACGUGCGGGCUAUGUUUAGCCUGAACUACUGCCUGAACAUUGUUGCCCGCGAGUUCAUAAACAACAUGGACGGCACAAACGAAGUCUACAAUUCAAACAACAACGAUUUAUUGACAAUAUCCGAUAGUCGUUUAGCAGAAUUACUUCAAGACCCAUCACAUUCCAGUGUUAACCUUUGUCCUAUACCAAGAACUGAUUUUAUGUCUUCAAGUACAAUCAAUGUGACGAAAUUGGACAGUCGUAGCAAAAACAUUUUAAUAACACAGUGAUAGAGUUAGUGCGAGACAGACCAUGCCUAUGGGACGUUUCAGCUAGAUCAUAUAAGGAGAAGCCAAAGAAAGAUGAAGCUUGGAGACAAGUUGCUACACAGCUUCGUGUCACAGACAUCGCAAUUUUAAAAAGUGAAUGGACAAGAAUAACAGCAAACUACAAAAAAGCAGGGAAGGGAAAUCUGGUGAUCCAGGUUGUAAGAAAUUGCCAAAUUGUGAAUUUUUUAAUGAAUUAAGUUUCCUGCAUGAGAUUUGUUCAACACACGAAACCUAUGGCAACAUAUCCAUCGUCAAUGAAGGAUCUCCAACACAACCAUUUGAAAAUAUAUUUCCCACUACUUCUCCUGCUUUAUCUGAUGUCUCCUCAAGUUCUUUAAUGUCAAACUCGCCUGCCUCGCCAGUUCCUGUUACCCCAGAUCAACAUAUUCAGAUGAAGAAAACUCAACCAAGUAGUAACUACUCCGAACGACGCAAGAGAAAACAAGACACAAGUGAAAUGGUUGAUGCCCUUAUGGUCAAAGCUUUACAUGAUUCACAGCUGUUGGGUAAAAAGGAAAACAAUCAUGAUCAAGAUGAUCCAGACAGUCUUUUUUGUGGAAGCAUUGUUGGUCAAAUGAAACAAUUGACCCCAAAAAUGAGAAAUAAAGCACGUUGUAAAAUUUCUCAAGUUAUGUUUGAACUCAUAAGUGAAGAACAAUGAGUUAUUGUUUGUUAUUUACAUUUUUGGGGAUUGCAUUGAAAUGUUUAGUUUUAACUGUUCAUUCUUAUUGCUAGACGAAUUAUAAAUAGAGUUAUGUCAUUACUAGCACAUUUUGAUAUUUUACAACAUUUCAACUAAUUUCAUGGAAGAAAAUAAUCUACGCAUUGUGGGGGAUUCUGUAAGAUAAGUUGCUAUAAUUAAUGAUGGUCAAAAG